AUGGAAGUGUCCGGCGACCUGUCGUCAUCCGUGCGAGAGGAGGCGAACCGCGAAGAAGAGCGUCUGUUCUGCCCUGAGAACGAUGGAAGGGCGGGCGCGCGGGUGUCGGUCUUAAGAGAGGGAGAGAAAGAGAACUCUGCGAUUCGAGGCGGCCGCCCGGUGGACAGAGGGGACGUGGAGCGAAGCGAGCAGGACGAAAAGGGUGAGCUACUCGGACAACAGUGCGACACAGUUGAUACGCCUGGUCAGGCCGCUCUUCUCCCCAUCUUCGCUCGCGCCGAGCCAAAUGGAGAGGAAGCGACGCGACAGACGUUGCAUGCGGGUGGAGGUGCUCCUCCGUCGGGCUCCAAACCUCGUGGCGGACCAGGGCGGUCGGAGUCUGGGGGCGACACAGGCGCCAAGCUGUUAAACGGAUGCCGAGAUUCGAAGCCAAUGAAUAGGACCGAGGAAACUGUCGCAUGUGGAGACACCGAAAUCCCGACCUCUGUAGCACGUGGCGAGGAAGGUGAGCGUGGUGCGUUUUCGCCGGUGUCUGGGUCUCAAAGUCGUCUGGAAAACGCAGAGCAUCGCGACCCCGCAUGUGCUGUGAGGCGACCAGAGAGACACCCUCGGACCCCAGCCGCCAUGAAGCAGGGAGAGCCGAAAGACAACGGAGAGAAAGAGGCAAAGGAACAAGAACAAAGGGGCAAGGGCGAACGGGAAACAGCUGAAGCAGAGAUCGAAACGGGACAUAUAGACAAACAACGAGACGGAGAGUGGGAGGGCGACAGUGAGCAAGUCGCAUCCCACAACUCUCCUCGUGUUGCCCUGCCAGCCUACGAGGGCGUCUGGAGAGGCGAAAACAAACAAAACACAGUGAUGAUUUGUUUUUCGGAUGACGGAGGAGAAAACGCGGACCCAGGCGACCCUCCAGUCCCCUUCUCUGUUUCGUCUCCGCGGACCUCGGUGUCUGCUCCCGCUUCUCAUUCCUCACCGUCCCUCGCAUCGUCUCUCUCCGACUCCGUCCAGCAUCCUCUGCCUUCGCUCGCUUCUUGCUCCUCUUCCUCUCCCUCUCCUGCGUCCGCCCUCGCGUUUUCGUCUCCGGCAUCGAGUCUCUCCUCGUCUCCCUCUUCUGCGUCGUUCUCUGCCUCCUCGCCGUCGCUCUUCUCCUCGGCGUUUGCCGCACCCGUCUCGUCGACGUCCUCGCCGGCGUCGCCGUGCCGCACUGCAGCCCCCUCCUCGGCCGCGUCCUCUCCGCCGCACGCGUCCUCUCCGCCGCACGCGUCUUCUCCCACGUCUGCAUUUGCAGCUGAGGCUCUGUCUCCUCGGGCCGGGGCGAGCGGCCGACGCGCCGGCGCUGGGUGCGCGGCUCGGAGACUCCCCGUGGACGCUGUCGCCCAUCGCACACGGGCGCGCGCUUCUUUCCUCGCUGCGUCUCCUUCGUCUCCGAGCUCGCCAGCCGGUCGGGCGAAAACCUCCGCUCUCCUUCCUGACGCCUCCUUUUGUGAGGGUGGCGAACAAAGGCGAGAGAGGGACGACUGCGCUGCGCUUCUUUCGGAAGGCCAGCGCGGGAAGGCGGCGAGGGGAGAGAAGCCGAAACGCGAACUGGGAACCCGACGCGACAACGACGCGAACGCAUCUUCAAAGUGGGACGAGGCGAUCCGCAGAAGGCGCGCAGCGGCCCUCGAACGCGCGGAACGGCGCGCAGCCUUCGGGCCUCUCCCACUCGCCUCUCGCCUGCUGCGGCAACCGCCAGGAGCGUCUCUCCUUCCUCUUGUCGUCCUGUGGUCGACUUGCGACGAAUUCGCGAGAGAGCACCCCACGGACGAAAGAAGCCUUGAAAGUUUCCGUUCGGACGGAGACGUGCAGCGUGGAGACGCGGAGGAAGCGAAAGAAGGGCGUACCGUCCAGCGCGAGGCCAAGGGUUUCAACGUGGCAAGCAGCGUCUGCGAGCUUGGCGCGAAAUCGCAUUUGGAAGACGAAAGGGAAAGAAUCGUGCCCGCGAACGACCAGAGAGGAGGGGCCUGGCCGUCGGAGACAGAGGCAAAUCCGCCCUGCGUCGCCGCUACCGCUCUCGACGCUGCCGCUCUUGCCUCCGCGGACAAGGCGCGGUUCUUGAGUCCGAGCCGGCGUGCUCAGGAAGAAGAAAAGGAAAAAUGCGCGCGAGACAGGGGGGGCCAAGCUGUCCUCAACGAUCUCCGCAGCUUUUCUCGGGAGGAAAAGGAAGACGAUGCAGAGAGAGAGACGAAGGCCGAAUCGGGGCCUGUGGCGACGCCUGCGGCGCCUGCGGAUGGAGACGCCUGCAGAAAAGCGAGGCUCGACAGCCCGGGCGCUUCGCCUCUUCUCAGCUCGCCUCCCUGUCUAAAGCGAUCGGGAGACUCGGCGACUCUUUCCUCUUCGGCUUCUCACGCCCUGGUCUCGGCUGUAGCCUCGCCGCCACACACAGAUGCAGAUGCGCGCGACGAGAGAGCUACGAACAGGGGGCGUCUGCCGGACGAAAAGGAGGGGCAAAGCAGAGACGAAAGCGAGACGAAGCCGAGACGCGCGAAAGAAGACCAAGGAGAGAAGGAACACAGCCGGGAGCCGAAAGACGAAUGCGCGAAGAGAGGCCGAUCCGGGGACGUUGACGGAGGCGAGAGGGUAGAAGAAAAGAACGUGCAGGAGCAGAACGGCCGUUUCUGUCUUGUUGAAAAUCCGAUGGUGGGCCGGCAUCGAAUGACGCCCGUCGAAGAAGAUCGAUUCGAAGACGCAACAAAGGCGCAGAUUCUUGGUCUUUCUCACCUGGUGCAGAGUCGUGAAGGCGCCUCGUUCUUCUCUCUUGCUCAGACCGCGGAACGCGAGCGAGGACUGAGCAUGCAGGCUCUCGGGGGAGGCACCGGUCCUCCCCUUCCCGUUGCAGUUUAUCCUUCCUCGUCUCUCUCCUCCGCUUCGCCGCUGGAUGUGUCUCCUCGUGUCUCCUCUGCUCCCUCGCCCUUCUCUGCACUCUCUCGCGGAGGAGUGGCCCCAGCGAUGCGGCCCUCCCCCGCCCCGACUGCGUCCUCGGAUCGGAGACAGACGGGGGAAGAAGGCCCGGACAGUGACGAGGCGGCCAGGAGCCGGGACGAACAGCUGCGUUUCCGUCCGCCGUCGCCACACAUUCGCCACGCGACGCAACUCGAAGAGAAGCUCGCGCUGGUUCGUCGCCUUCUUCGCCACGCUCGUCUUCCGUCCUCUGCGUGCUCUGUGCUCGCCUCUCCGUCCCCUCCCGCCGUGUCGCCGCGGUCGUUGUCUUCCCUGAGUCUCUCUGCCUUUCCUUCUCCGUCGCUGCGGGGAUCUGCUGUCUCGGCGGGGGCGUCGCCGAACCCCCGCGACGAGAAGAAAGACAAGGAAGGGACGCGAAGAGCCGGAGCUUUCAGAAGGCCGCACAAGCGGCCAAAGACAGACGUGGAUCGAGCGUGCCUGGAAGAAGAAACAGAGAAGGAAAGCAGAACAAGCAACUGCCGAGAGGGGUCCGAGGCCCGCGAGAGCGAACAGCUUCAGAACGGGGAGACUCGUGACGAGCUAGGUAGACUAGAGGAAGAACGCGCGGCGAAAAUUCGAGAGGAGCUGGAACUGGUCACUGCGGGAAAAUGGGAAGCAGAUCGAAGCGUUGCGCUCGCCAGCAUUCGGUUCAUCCGCCAACGAGUUGAGGACGCACUCGACAGAAUUCGCCUCGUUACGUCGGUGAACGCCGCCAUGAAGAAAGCGCAGUCGGAGGGAGACGCGGAAGCGAGACGGGAACGACCCGCCCGGGGGCCGAGUGAAAGGGAAGCGGGUGAGCACUCGACGGGAGGAGGAAGAGCCGGGGAGCGCGGCGACGGCGAGUUCGGCGACGGGCACGCGGCAGACAGGAAGCGAGAGAACGGAGAGGAACCGCCGCGCGAAGAGACUCUCGGCGAAAGGCAGGGGAACUCAGCGGAGACGGCCGGCGGGAACGAGGCGGGAAAAGCGGAGGCCGACGUGGGGAAAGACGAGAGAGCGAAAAGCACAGACAGCGAGGACGGGGCUCCGACACCCCCGGGUCCAGCAAACCUAGCGCAGGACACUGAGAAAGCACUCCCAGGCGAAAGGCCGGAAAUCGGCCGACGCAUUUGCAACGCGAUAGAUGCAGCGCCACUGCCUCCGGCCUGUGCGCCGAUGCGUUUGCCGUCACACGCUGGUUCGGCUCUACGCUCCUCUUCACCUGUUUCUCUCUCUGCCUCUUCGUCUCUCGUGUCUCCCGGCGCCUCGGCUGUCCCGCCCUCGCCGCUGUCUUCGCUGCCGGACUCCGGCGACAACGCCGCGCGGGUUACUCCAGAUCCAGGACGGGCGGAAGGGGACGCACACGAGGCGCUCGAAUCCGCAGCUACCCAGUUGUACCACCUUCUCACCCACGGGGUGAAUCGACGGCUAUUGCGUUUGUCCAUGCUUCGCGAGGCGUUGGAUUCCGUGUCGCUCUUCAUCGAGGAUCUCCGCGCGGAAUUUCCGGGCGUGUAUCUCGACAGUCUCCGUCGCUCUCUCGCGAAGCCAGGCAGGACGAUUCUCAGUCGCGAGUUGCCGCUGGAAGCGUGUGGGGUGCGCGGCGAGGAGGCGGAAGAAGAGAAGGACAGGAAGAGACAAGAGAAAGAAACCGAAGAGCGGCGACGAUCGCCGAGACACCUGGACGCGAUGAAGCUGCGCGAAGAGAACGGAACGCGCGAGACCCAAAGCAGGCCCUCUGCCGAGUCAGGCGCGUCUUUGGCUUCCGAUCUGCCAUCUCGUUUACGGUCUUCCUCAGCUUCAUGUUCAUCCGGCGCUUCUUUAGGCCACUGUUCUCUCUCCGCGUCUGGGACUUCCUGCCGUUCGUCAUCACCAUCUUCCUCGCCUUCCUGCCCUCCCGGGCCUCGACCGUCCUCCUCGCUCCUGUCCCCAUCGCGCCUCUCUCGACCUUCUCCACCUGUGGCGCGUUCGGCCUCUCUCGACGAGAGACUGAAACGCAGCGUCAACUUCACUCCAGGCCCCGCCCUCUCUGCGUGGCUUCGCCGUCCUUCUUCCAGCUACUCCUCUUCCUCUUCUUCUUCUUCCUCUUCCUCCUCUCUGUCUUCUUCCUCUCUCCCUUCUUCUUCCGGUCACUCUUCUUCGUCUCCUGAUGGCUCUUCUUGUUCUUGGCGAGCGACGCUUUCGUGGCAUGACUGGCUCGAAGACCCUGUGCAUGGUCCGAACUCGAGGACGGAUGCGCCUCGAGUUGAAACGAUGAUGGUUGCCUAUCACGCAGCGUUGUUGGAAGAGACGCGGGAGGCUGCGUUUCAGUUGCUUUCUUCGUCGUUAACUUCCCAGGAGUCGUCUCUCCGGCACGAGAGUCCGGCGCUCCGGCGUCCUCGGUCGAGUGUUUCCGCGUUGCCGCUGACCGUUUCUGGGUCUCUGUCUUCUGUGUCUGCUCGGCCUGUCUUGCCCUCCUCUGCUUCACCGUCUGCUUUCCCGCCGUCUCUUCCUUCCUUCUCGCCGCGUUCGCUCUCUGCCGCGGCAGUCCCCGCCGCCAAGAGCGACCGCUGGGUCAGCACUUUGCAGACCGCAUCUGAGAACAGCGCGAGACGGCGCACGGACCGAGGGGCUCUGCCGUAUUUCUUUGAUCCCUUUUGCCCUCCCACGCUCCUGCACGUCCUGCGCCGCUAUGACCCGCCCGCGUACGCUGCGUCUCAGCCGUCCGUGUUCUCGUCUUUCUCAGAAGCAAACGGUAGACCGCUUCUUCCCGUGACUUCUUCGCCUUCUGAUACCACCUCUGGGUCUUGGGAGCUCUCAGCGUCGUCCUCUGGGCGCGCGUCUGGGGAUGGAGACGCCCAGAGGGCCUUGCGCCUCCAUCUCUCUCGGUUUCUUCCCCGCUGGUGUCUCGGCGCCCCCGUGACUCCGCCUGCGUUCGUGGACCGUCGAGUCGGCGCCGCCUCUCGUACGGCCUCGCAGCGCCGAGAAGAAGGGAGGAGCAGAGGAAAAACCGACUGUGCGCCCUCGUCGUCCCCAUCUGCCUUGUCUCCGUCGGCUGUCUCCGCUCUGUCUUCGGCGCUGCCUUCUUCGCCAGUCGCUGCCUCUACUGCCUGGGGAGACCCAGAGAAACACAAAGGGGCCGUGGACGAAGCUGACUUGUACGAAGGAUGCGAACGCGUGCGCGGCGUGGCCUUCUGCAGGACGACCAAGUACUGGGUCUGCAGCAAAAUGGAAAACGGAAAACAGAAAUGCCGCUACUUCAGCACGAAACAGUUCGGAUUUGACGGCGCCCGCCGACAGGCCAUUCUUCAGCGCCACGAGUGGAAGCGCGACGUCCGACCCGAGCUUCUUGCCGCUCUCCAGGCUUCCUGUCCUUCUUCUUCGUCAGCUGCCAGUUCCGUUUCUGAAGCGAAAGUGAAGGCGGAAGCGAGCGACGGAGAUGAAGAGGGCGAGGAGGGAGAUGAAGAGGAGCGCGACGCGGGGGAAGAGGGCGGAGACGGUGACGAGGCCUUCGCAAGACGAGAGGAAGGCCGAGGUGAGAGAACGGGACACGGAGACCCCAGCGGUCGCAGACUCGACAGCCGGGACGAGACAGUGAAGAAGCGGAAGAGGGACGAGGACGACGAAGAAGGCGCGAGUAGGUGCCGCGCAACACGGGCGUCUCCUCGGAGCCACAGUCGGCAGCCGAUGCUCCCUGUGUCUCCACGGCCGCGUGUCCAGGAGGACGAAGCGAAGCAGGAAGGCGUGCGGAAGAUUCGAGAGACGGGCGAGUCGGAGAAGCCGCCUGCUCAGGACGACGCAGGAUCCGAAGAGUACCGGCGCCGCCUUCGGUGCGCGUCUCCGUUUUCUUCGCCUUCUGCUCACUCUCGGUCUCCGCUGGCUUCGGCUGCAUGCGCGCCUGCGUCAGGUGCGGCUGCGGCGUCGCGAGAUACCUCCCAAGGAGACGCCAAGGCGGAGAAGCCCGACAGCCCUGCAUCUUCGACCUCGCCGUCGGCGGCUUCCGCGUGGUCUCUCGCGUCUUCCGUCUCGCCUUCGGACUCCGCCGGCCUUCUUUCCGGGCGGCCGCGGCGCGUGAAGAGGCGCCUGAGCCCGCAUGGCGAAGCGGGGCGAGGGAGCAAGGAGAGCGAACGAGACGCGGGGAGUCUCGAGGCCUCGCCGACGCUGAAGGACGGAAAGACAGCGGAAGAAAGAGAAGAUCCGGAAGUUCAGGGGAGUCGACGGGGAAGGCGCCGCAGAGACGACGCAGGCGUUUACGCGGCCGAAGGCGACGCGGAGAGGCCGAGCAAAGGCGCAGCCGAGGAAGAAGCCCCGCGCACGCAGAGUGCAGAGAACCAGGGGGGGGCCGACAAACGGCAGCUGAGAAGAAGACCGGAGAAGGGCGACUCGCGGCCGUAUGUCCCAUCGCUCCGCCACGGCUUUCGCCGCGAACCCGAGGACAUCGAGGAAUCCGCCAAGGUCCCACCGGGAGUCGACUUGCACAGCGACUCUGACUUCUGCACAGAAAACGAGGAGGACCGAGACGAAGAGCGGCAAGUCCUUCUGGGCCUCUCGCCUCCGGGUGUCGGCGCGGCACGCGCGGCUUCUCUGGCGGAAAAGUGCGCCCCGUCUCUUCCUCGUCCCGAGGCUGCACGAGAUCUCUCACGAGUUGAAAAAGCGACGGAAGCGCGCGCGGUUCUGCAUCCAGAAGACGCGCAGAGACUUCCCCCAGCUCCCGCGUCUUCUCUCUCUCAGACCAGGAUGAGGCGCAGUGCAUCCGCAGGCUCGCCCCCGACUGCACUCUGCAACGCGUCAGAGACUGCGGGAGCAGACACGCACCUCUCGGCGGUCGACGCGCUAGUGCACCUUAGCCGGAAAGUCACCUUCAACGUAAAAAUUCCUGGAAUCGGAUUCCACAAGGGCGUCGAAAGCUGGGUCUGCAUGUGGAAGGACCUUGACGGAAACUACAAAAUGAGUGUAUGUACACUGCUUCGUCACGCCACGCCGCCGGCCGUUAGCAAGGCGCUAGCCGCUCUGGGAGAAAUAAAGAGAAGGCGACGCGAAAGCCGUUCUCUGGAGGCAGGCGCGCUAGGAAACCCGGAGAAACGGGCGGGGCGAGCUCCGUCAGCCUCUCAGCGAGGAGAGAGGUCGGAACGGCACGAAGGGCGAGGGGUAGAGAAACACGAGAGCGAGGGAGAGGACGACGGAGACAGAGGGGGGUGGGACGAGGAGACAGAAGGACUGGAAGAUGAAGCAGAGAAACAGCGCGAACAGGAAAUGGGGGACAGCGAGGAUGAGGCGGCGGCCGAUUUCGAGAGUCAUGCGUGCAAAGGAACCGGAGGAGGGGCGGAGGGGAAAGAAGGGGGGGGCGGCGGCAAGGUCGAGGGGGAGGAAAGAAAGGAGAACGAGGCGGCGGACGAAAGACAGGAUGCAGGAGGGAGACAGAUCAAGGACGAAGUUGGAGAAAGGCAAGAGCCAGAGGAGGAUGGGAAUGCGAAAGAUGAAGGCCAGGCAGACGCAGAGGCGGGGGGCAAGACCUCCGACGAUGUGAACGAGACGAGAAAGGACGGGGAAGAACAAGGUGAGACAGCAGACGAGGACGAAGACGAAGAGGGGAGCAGAGAGAGACCGAAGAACGAGGAGCGAGACAUGGCGGGGGGAAGAUGCAAAGGCGAAGUGCACGAGGAGACGGAGCCUCACCCAGUUUUGGCAGAGAAACGGUCACAAGGGGAAAAGGGAAAGACCGGCCAGGACGAAGAGGAACAGAAGGACGGCGGAAUGCAAGGAGACGAAGACUCGGAAGCCAGUGGGAGGGUGGACACGGAGGGGAGUGGACGAGAUGUGGAAGGCGAAGCGCAGAGACUCGAACAACCAGAAGCAAACCGAACUGACGCAGAGAGAGGAGGACAAGCAAAGGUGAAGAGAGAAGAAGGUGGAGACGGAAAACGAGACCAGCGAGACCAGGGCAGCAACGCGGGAGAACCUGAGGGAGACGAAGAAGACCGCUGUCGCGAGAGAGCGAACGAAGGGCGGGAGAGACAGAAAGAUGGCGGCACAGCCGCGGAAGAGACGGAUGAGAAGGAGAAUGUGGCGCAACCGUCUCAGGAUUGCGAAGGAAGCAAAGACGACGGCAGCGCGUGCGACACUUCUGCGAAGGGAGACGAGAAAUGGAGUCAAGAAGGGCGGGGCCAGAGCAACGGUGUGGACGAGGACAGAGGCGGUAAAGCGGCGAAGAACGUGGAAAAGGAAGUGGAGCAGUGGCAACGAGGCAGACGCGCUACCGACUCGCGGGACCUUCCAGAAGAACACGAGCGGAAGCGACGGGGCGGGAAAGGGAGACGGGGCGUGGACAGAGAAACGAAGCCCGCAAGUGGGGGCGCGAAGGACAAGGAAGAGGGCGACGCGAAGGACGGCCACUGCAGGCGAGACAGAGGAAAGGCCGCGAAGGCUGAUGCGAAGCGAAAAGAAGAGGAUGAGGAAGAAAAGAUGAGGCGACGUAGAAAGGAUGCAUGCUGGCUAGGGCUGCUACAGAGAGAUGAGGAGGCGGAGUUUCGGCGGGCGUUAAGGAAGGAGAGGAGUCGAGCGAGGGGUGAAGGGAAAAGGGGGACCGAGAACGGACGCGGUCCCCAACGCGGGUCAGCCGGGCACAAUGCAGAUAUGGAGGCGAACGGGGACGUCCUGCCUCCAGAACACCGGAAUGGAACUGUAGACCCCAACCGCGGUAGCGCUUCAGCGCGAGCAACGAUCAGGCUAGGGGAUCGGCAGAUGUCCAACAACGACUUCAGCCUUUCUUCCUCUUCUCCCUCUCUUUCUUCCAUUUCGUCUUCAUCAUCCUCGGACUCUGCCUCGCCGUCAUCUGCGUCGUCUUCCCUGCCUCCGGCGUCUCCUUUCUCCGAGGCAUCUGGGCCUCGCUCGCCGUCGGCGGCCUGCGUCUCGCACCCCACAUCGUCCUCUUUCUCGGCCGCUUCUGGAAGAGGGCAUUUGCGGUCUGUUUCCUCUCCCACCGCGUCUCCGACCCCUUCCACGUCUUCUUCCGUCCCUCUGGUGACGCACCCAGCGGUAGCCUCUCGGUCGCCGGCCGUGCAAGUCGCGCCGCAAGAGAAACGGAAUUCGGCCUCGCGACUCCCCUCGCUUUUGCCUUCCUCCCCGUCUUCGCCGCUGCCGCCUGCUCGGCCCGCUCCUCUCCCUUCGUCCCCCACCGCUUCAUGUGCUUCCGUGCCUCAGAAGGCAUGUGACCCCAAGUCUGACAGCACUCGCUCUUCGGCUCAGAGUGUCAGUUCUUGCGGCGUAGAUGGAACGGCCAAGCCUUUCGGGCCUGUCCUUCUCUCGUCGUUUCGCGUCUGCGAGGAUUCGUCGCGCGUGUGUCUCUCUUCUCCGUGUGUGUCGUCCCAUUCUGAGGCUCCAGAGCUGUCCGAAAGCAGCGAAGAGCUCCUCCCGAAGAAAGGCGAGGAAGAGACGGCGACUGACAAGGAAGACGAGCUUGCCCACACGAUGGACACGCGCGAUUUGUGCGGCGCACAGGCGCGAGAGAGGCGGCGGCGAGAGUUGCCAGCAGAAAAGAGAGACGGAAGCGACAGAGAUUGCACCCUCGACCCUUACAAGAAAGAACAUGCGGCUCCAGGCAGGCGGCCCGGCCGUGCGAAGAAACCACAGCGCGACCUGGCGUCCUCGCAGCCCGCGACAGAUUCCAACUCGUCACGUUCCCGUCUUCCACUUUCACCCUCGUCUGCUUCACUGUCCUCCGCCUCGGCGUCUUCUGGAUCUUUUUCGGUCUCCGCCCCAUCUUCUCCUUCGUCUCCGGCCUCUUCGUCGCUUGCAUGCGACUCCUCCUCCGCGUCUGCAGCUUCCACUGUCGGUUCUGUGUCUUCAUGUAGCGGGGGAUCGUCGCCUUGCCCAGCUCUUCAUUCUCUUUCGGGAGUAUCCAGGGAAGACCCCGAGCCGGCAAAGGUGAAAGAAGAGUCAGUGUUGCAGUCGAGUGUCGAGGCUGCUGAGUGCGCGGGCGAGAAAGGAAGGCGCUUGGAAAGAAGAGGUGACAGGGAGCCGUCGCUGUCUCUCUCUUCCUCUCGACAGAACAAGGAAAGAAAGCCUGAAGAAACUGGAGGACCACCGAUGGAGACACAGAAGCGGUGCCUGAGCAAGGAGAUAUCUCCGGAAGCGCUAGGAAGGGUGGACAACUCAGGGACGGAGAAGGGAAAGAGGAAAGGCAGGAAGGCUGAGACGAGGACGAAAAACACGCAAGAGAGAGGAACCAGAGAGACUGAAUGCAGCUUUCGGGAAACGAAACAAUCUUCGAUAUGA